CAUCAACCGUUUUUCACUUCAGAUAUCCUUUUAGCUAUAUAACAGCUAUCCAUAAGCAAAGCGACCAGUGAGAAAAAUGGGACCACUGUUAUCACCGACCAAACCACGGCCUCUCUCUAGACAUCGUUCAGCUGAACCAUUCCCCCCGGCCCCUCCUCCAAAAGCCAUCGACCUCAACAGCUCUACAAGAUCCACAGACAAGGAUACUGGUAGAAAGAUCACUCGACGAGCGUUCUUAUGUGAUGUCAUCAUUGAGAGAGAAGGUGAAGAAACGGCAAAUCUCCUUGCGCACCUUGGUGAACCGCUUAAGCCUCUGUCAACUCUCCCUCCUCCUGCGCAGACAACUAAUGGUAGACCAACGACUCCAUCGCGACUUUCACAACCACCUGAUUCGGAUGAUGAUGCGCGCGGGAACACAGGGCCAGUGUGGACAGCUGUGAAGAGCGAUGAGAUGAAGAAGAAAUUGGCAAAUGUCAUCGAAGAGCUAGUGCGGACAGAGAGGAGCUACCUAUCAAGGGUUCAUGCCCUUAAGACUGCUUACGCAGACAGAUUGCGGCUUUACUCCAAGGAUCCCAACCAGCAGCUGAUACCGCCAUACGAAGCCAAAGCAAUGUUUGCGAAUAUAGAACUCAUUGUACCCGCGUCAAUGACAUUUCUGGGUGAUUUAGAAGAGAUGAUGCAAUCUGGACAUGCUGAGGAUCUUGUCGGUGAUGUAUGCCUGAAACAUUUCAAAAUUCUCCGAACGUUUGAUCCAUAUAGAACAUAUUUGAGCAAACAAGAUGAGUCACAAAAACUCUUUCAGGAUUCUUUAAAGAAGUUCAUAGGGUUUGGGACCUUCAUCGAGAGCACUAAAUAUCAGACCACUGGCAUUGGAAAUAUUGGCCUGAGAGAAUUGCUCAUGGAACCUGUACAACGCAUUCCGAGGUAUACUCUCCUUUGGCAAACGAUGAUAAAAUGCAUGUCUCCUCUUUCGACUCAGCGUGCUAAGCUCCUUGAAGCCAUUGAAAUUGCAUCUGGUAUUGCAAGGUGUGAACCAGAUGCACAAACAGUCAGGGCAACAGUUAUGUAUAAUUUGGAGAGGAACAUUGAUAACUUUCCGGCCAAGCUUUUCAGUAACAACCGGGACUUUAUCGAUGCAAUCGACGUGGAGGAUAUCCCUGCUGAAUAUCCCACAGCGCAAUGUCCCAAUGGUCGACCAACCUCCAUUAAUUCUCGCAUUGCAGUUUCUACCGCCUCAACACCAUCUUUGCCUGCGUUUGGCUCUCUCCCAUCAACCGGUUCGCAUAUACCUCAAUCACCUCAAUCCGCAACUUCCGCCAUGCCAACCCUUCACUGCACCCUAUUCUUGUUUGAUGACAAGCUUAUGAUUGUCAAGCGACAAUCGUCUUCCAUCAGUGGUCGGAAAAUUACCGGUACUGACGAUGUGCAAAAACUUGUGAAAUCGGGAGGGGGUAUCGCAGUAAAGGAAAAGAACAACGCAAAGAGGGACAAAUUGAGCUACCGAGGCGAGGUUGAUAUUUUGGAUGUGAUGGCAUCAGAUGUCGGAAAUGGUGACUUUCACCUUUUCUUUGAACGCCCUCCUGCGGAUCAGUGUGGCCGAUGGGGCAAUAGAUCAUUCCGGUCAUAUUCCACAGUUCACCCUCCCUAUUCGGUUUCUCUUGACCCUGUUGCAACACGAAAGGACAAAUUGCGAUUCAUUCAGAACCUCUGGGCCGCGCAAGCUCUUGCUCGAGCUAAGGUGCUACCAUCUUCAGAAAGUAAGGCUGUUCCCCGAGUCUUACAAAGCGAGACCGAGGUCGAUUUCGAAGGCGGGGAUUUGGAGCGGGCUACAUGUUUCUGGGAUGUUUGGAACCGGAAUGAAUGGUGUGGCCAGAGGAAAGGCAAGGUCGUCAUCCAUGUUGAUGAAGACGGGAUGGCUCCUGCGUUGCCGAUAGACACGAGGAGUACAAAACUGAGUGUCUACUUACAGCCAAUGGCGGGUGGUCUUUGUCGAUAUGCACACAGCGUGGCAGGAAAGGAGGAAGCAGAGAGGAUAGUGGUAGACAUGAGCGAAGUCAAGGAGAAGAUAGCUUCUACAAUCAACCAUUAUGGCAUCUUCAAAUUCCGCACCGGCACCAUUUCUUGUCCCACUACUCCGUCGUCUGGUACCCAUCGCAUUCGCCCAUCUAUGCUCAAUCUUGACACCAUCUCUCGUAAUCUCUUCGGUGCUGGUAGCGUCUCUGGUAGGAGCGGCACCAGUAAUGACAUGUUUAGCACCGCCGGCUCGAAGAGGGGUUCAAAGUACGCGAUGAGCAGAUCGUCCUCCAUGGAAACGAGCUUAUAUUCGACGGAUGGACAUGAGGAAAAAGAAGCGAGCAAGAAAAAAUUCUCGAAAAUUUCACUAUCGCCGGACCCUCAUAGCCUCAUCGCGGGAGCACCAUAUGCUGCCGAAACAGAUAACAUCCGACAAAGUGAGAUCGAUUUGAACCAGAGGUUGGACGCUGCGAAGAAGAAUGGACAAUCUACGACUCUUAGUUCCGGCACUGCACCUAAAUUAAACAAAUUGGGAAACAGAAGUGUGACAGAGUUGAGGAGGAGUAAUGAAGGAAUAGCGGAAAGGCACAUUUCUUGUAGGACGACUGGAACAAAUUCUCCUAUUCCUCCCAGCUCUCCUUCGAAAUCAAGUUCACCACUUCGAAUUAGAAACGCUACGCCUCCCAAACACCCUGCCAGUCCAGAUACCGACACCACUCCUCAAGCCCGUCUACCGCCGCCAAUAAUUACUUCUCCAGUCACAGCUCCUCUCAAUAUCCGUAAGACUCCUAGUAGGGCCCAGACAAUCAGUUCUGAACAUGUUGUGACCUCUCCCAGUCGUGCGACAAGCCCCGCGCCCAGUGUUGCAAUCGCACCGACUUAUUAUCUUCCGUCCGACCCAUCUCUCACGUCAAAGCCUUCCCUUUCGCACAAACCUUCCACGUCUCGACCAGGAGGCCCCAGGGGACCAGUUCCUCGAAGUCCCCUCCCGACCAUCAAAACGCAGCUUCCUAGUACUGCUAUUACCUCCAGUUCUACUGCUGGUUCUCGUCACACUGGGUUGAGGAUUGUCUCUGGAAAUGGUCGUCGCAUCUCCCUCAAUCGAGAAACCGUUCCACUCAAAGGUGAAGAAGAGAACGACCCCUUUGCUACCAAUACACCCUCCAUACCCUCUACUGCCAAACGACAGCACUCUGUAGAAAGUCUUUCGCCACGUAAACGUUCACCUUCCCUCGGCAAGAGCCCGUUGGGUGAGGUUGGCAAUAAUCCUCCACUGGUGAUUAAGCCUCACCGGAGGACAUCAGCCAAGGCUGGCACGCCCAGAAGAACUAGUGGUCCACUCAUGAGUGCAAGGACAGUGUCAGCUUCCCGUAGCUCAAUCAACAGUGUUGCUAGCGCCGACACAAUCAACACAGUGAACACUGCAGGGACAUGCGGGGGUGGAGAGGACGUAGAAAUGAAAGAAUAUGAGGAUGUUGUCGGAGCCAUGGAUGCCACCCUUAACAAGAUACGCGAUGCGAGAGGGUCUGCAAAGCGACUAAAGUCUGAGGUGUCGGGAUUGAGGAAGCAGAUUAUUAGAGAAUCUGGCAAGGCAAAGCAGUCGUUGGCGGUCAAGAUUGACAGAGCCGGAUCAUUACCCAGAAGCCCUCAGAAGCGUCAUAUCAGCCGAAUGGUUGAACAAGAUGUUUAUGACCUUACACCAUCUCUUUCCCGUCAAUCUUCUCAGUCCAAGAAAGACAUUGAAAUCGACGUUAUGGACGAGUGCGCUCGAGGAAUCGUGCAGAUCACUCAAAGGAUGGAUUUACAUCUGAGACAAGCAGAAAUGGAUGCUGAACAGGCAGUAGUUUUAGGCAGGUGUGCUAUAGCAGAGAACGAUGAGAAAUCCCAGGAGAUCAGUAUGUUGAAGGGUCAACUUGAGAGAUCGAGAGAGCAUCACGAGCUGCUGCAACGUCAGCUAGGUGAUGCUCAGAUUGAGCUGGAUGUUGUUUAUGAAGCGUUCAAUACUGAGCUUGACGGCAUGUUCAAUGACGCUCAACUUCCGGAAGACGAGGCCUUCCAAGCGUUGCGUAACGACUUGCAGGUGACCAAGGCCAACAGGAAUGUGUUGCAACUGGAGAAUCAGAAGCUGAAGAGAGAGUUGGAAGAGGCUAAUUUAAAGAGAGACCAAUGGGCAAGAAUCUUGCGAACUCAGGGACACAUUGUAUAAGGAUUUCGUAUUGUUUUCCUAAAACGGACAUUCGCAUCGUUGUUUAUAACUUUUGUUGAUUUAUCAUUGAGGUAGCAUAUCCGGCACAAGAUGGCAAUCUUCCGUUGUUGAUUAUAGAUAAGAAGAUGUAUGAUAUGAACUGG